UGACAGGAGUCAGUGUGCCGGCUUAGCGUGGCUGCUUGUUGGAGUGGCCCACGACUAAUGAGCUGGGCAGAGGGACUCCUCGGUUUGUUUUGUGCCCCGAUGCUGUUGGGUGUUUUCCAUCUCACAAUUGGGUGUAUCAGCCCCGUGUCUCUGAGCUGUAUUUUUUACCCCUUGUGGUUUCCCACAGCUCCACUUUUCAGACUUCCAUUUACGCGGCUGCUGCCUCCCACCCAUGGCACAUCCCUGCUGAAGAUUUACUUUUUUGUUUUUUCUCUCUGCCCUUUUAAGGCACUGCUUGUUUGCAAGGUAAUGACUCGAUGUGGCAACCCCUUCUUUCCUUAUGUUCACCUGCAGACACAGCUGGCUCCAAAACCAGCUCUACAGGAGCAGAGAGCAGCAGAGGGUGCUCUUGUGAGCUGGGUGCCUGCAGAGCCUGCUCGCAGACAAGGCGGGGAGAAGCCCAGCCUGCUGCUGGGUGAAACAACAAGCUCUGCAGGUCAGGAAGCUGUGGUCUGCAUGGUAUCUGCACAGAGCUGCCUGCCGAGAAUGAGCUGAAGAGUGGGAGAACUUGGAUGGAGAUGCUCGGAGUGUUUGGGAGCCCCUGAUGAGGAGCAGGCUUGUGGUUUAAAGGAGACAAAGUUCUCAGUUGACUGGCAAGGAGGCAGGCAUGGCUGGAUUCCUGUUCUUCACGCUCACCAGUUUCUGAGGUUCUGCAAAAGCUCAGCCCUGCAGCACUCACAGAAGCGGUGCCCCAUGGCUGUGACCCACAGCGAGGGGCUGCUGGGACCCCCACCCCUGGUGGCCCUCGCUGUACUGGCCCUGCUCGGAGGCCUGGUUUACCUGUGCACCCUGUGUGCUGCCUGCCGACGCCACGGCAGGAGAAAGAAGGUCCCUCCAGACGGCGUGAAGCUGGUGGAUGAGUCCCUGCUCAGACAGACACAGCUGCGCUCGCUCAGCAAGUCGGACACGAGGCUCCAUGAGCUGUACCGCCUGAAGGCCAAGGACAACAACCAGCGCCCGGCCAGCCUGGAUUUCCCCCUCUCCUCACUGCCUCCUGACUCCCCGCACAGCUCCGUCCUCCUGCACCGCCAGCUGCCCCUGAUCCCCAGCUCUGAGACUGCAGCUCCCGACCAGACCUACUCCAACCUGCCCUUCACCCCACCGCAUCGUGCGCCCCCGGACACGCUCUACGAGUGCCUGGCAAUGGGGGGGGAUGAUGCACCUACUGCCACUGGGACCCCAGCGUCCCCCCCUCGGGUCAGGCAAGGGGCUGCUGACUAUGCCUGCAUCCGGAAGGUGAAGAAGACAGUGCCAGAGGAGCAGGAGGGGGCCGUGGCGGGACCCUCUGCAGCCCCACAGUGCUGGGAAGGUGCAAGCGAUGCGCCCCAUCUGAAGCUGGAAGAUAUGUACUCAACUGUGUGCAAAGCCACCAAGAAGAGGAACCAUGGCCCUGCAGCAUCCCCCAGGGACGGGGGAUCCGGGCGGCCACCCCCACCCCACGAGGAGCCUCCCCCAGCUGCCUGCUGGCCCACGGCCCCCCCCGAGCCCUGCUAUGAGGCCAUCAGUGACAGAGCCUGGGCUGCACGUGGCCCUGAGCCGGACUAUGAGGCUGUGGACGUUCGCUGGAAGAAGGCAGCAAAACGGGAGCGGCCGGGGAAGCCUUGCCAGCAGGACAACCUCUAUGAGAGCGUUGGUGAUAUGUGGGGAGGGGAAUCUCGGGGAGCUUCUGGCUGGACAGCUGCCAAUGGGCUGCAGGUGUACAUCACCAACCUAUAGCAAUCCUAAGGCGGGCAGGUGGAUGGAUGGACAGAUGGAUGGAUGGAAGUUGGGCACUGAGGCUCUGCCCCGCAAGGUGGGGACGGGCACACAGCUGUGCCAUAUGUGAGCUCUGUAUAUAUUUUGAGUUCCUUUUCUUUAAGCAUCCUUGUCCUGUCCCACCUGGUGCCAGCAGGUUGGCACUGAGGUGCCCCAGCCGGGUGGGCAUGGUGGGAUGUCUGGUGCUACCUCUGGUGUUCCAUGGGAACUCCAGGUGGGGUUGGGGCCAUUGCCAUGAGGCAGCCCCAGGCAUGGACUGUAGGACUGGGUCACCCAUCAGCAGAGAUGCUGGAGCAGAAUAGGGCCCUUCCAGCAGUGGGAGCCAUGAGCAGCUCCACUCCAUCUCCCAGUGACCCCGAGGUUACUGUGGGAUGGCUGCACAUCCCCACUGUCCCCUGCCACUUUCCACCUCCAUCACUUUUGGGCAUAUGUGACACCUCCAUGAGCAGCGUCCUACAAACCCGUUGCUUUAUCAUUUGUCCUGCUGGUAAGAAAACACCUUUAAACUCCAUCCCAAACCCUCACCCGUGGUGGCACCGUGGCGGGCUCACAGUCACGUGCUGGACCUGCACCAAUGCUCCAAAACACCUGCAUGGCUGCAGCCACCAGGCGCUGCCGCAGUGGGACCAGGCAGGGUCGUGUCACAGCGGUGCCAAAGCCGGGGCUCUGCCCACCCUGAUGCUGCAGCACAGGAGGGAAAGAAGGAAGGAAACCGUGCGCCCGCCUCCUCCAGAUUUUGCCCUCGAUCGAAGCAGGCGAAGAGCUGAAAACCGAAAACACGGCGCUCAGCAGAAUGCCGGGGACGUUACGCCCUGUGCACGGGGAGGAACGGGGUGCUGGCGCUGAGAUGAACCGGGUGCCAAACCGCAGCGUGCACCGAGCACA